AUCUCAAAUAAAUAAAUAUAAAUUAUGAAAAAAGUUAAAUCAAAGGAAAAUUCACAAAUCCCAUUAACAGUGAAAUGUUGAGUUGAGGAAACGGGGAAUAAUAUUAAUGUGAGUGAAAAGUGCGUAUAUAAAAAUUACGUAAAUCCUAUAAAACAUGCGCAUAUAUGUACAACGGUGAGCUGCAAUGUUAAAAUACAAAAAAAAAGAAGAAAAUAAAUAAAAAAUUGUUUAUUCAUAAAACCAAAAGUAAAACCCACAGCUAGCGCAUAAAGGAAUAAAAUCGAAAAAUUGGUAAUCAGCACAACCCGCCAGCCGCCGUUUUUUCUUCAGAGUUCCCUCAACAAGCACCACAACUCCACAACCAACAAAAGCUUCAGCAGUAAAAAGAACUCCGCAUCGCUGCAAAUCGCGCAUUUAUUCACGCAGCUUCAGUGAACUUAAUGAGCAGCAUUUGCCGCUGACUACGUCGACAACUUCCUUCAAUAUCAAAGAAGUCUUCGUCUGACGACGGUCACAGUCGCUGUUACAGUUGCUGUCGCUGUCGUUGUCGCUGCUGGCGUCAACUUCAUCUCUCGCAUCGUCUCGACCUUAACUCUGACUACGAGUGUGACUCUAAAAUGGUCAAAAUGGAAUUUCUUAAAAGGAAACAUUUUUCAUUGUGGAUUAUAACGACAUUUGUACUCGUGGCUGGCGUUUUGGAUGGCUGUGUUGGCUUGCAAGGCGUACCAACUUGGAUAUGCCUUGGCGUGAAAUCACCAUUCAUCCAAUUUAGUAACGAAAUAGAGGUGUUGGCGAACAACAGCGUACCCCUCAACAUAACCAAAGAUGAGCAGGCGCUCAUGCAUCAGGAGGGUCUACGUAAAUUGGGUACCUUCAUUAAGCCCGUCGAUCUGCGUGACUCGACGACGGGUUUCGUGAAAGCCGACUUAACCAAAAAGAUACCCAAUGCAGCUGCGAGUACCAGCAGUAGUGCGUACUAUAGUGGUGGCAUUGUUAUGGCACAGAGACGACGCCAUCCAAUACAAGAGGAGAUGGAUCAAAAACAAAUAAUAUUGCUUGAUGAAGACACCGAUGAGAAUGGACUGCCUACAAGUUUGACGGAUGAAGAUCGAAAAUUUAUUGUGCCAAUGGCAUUGAAAAAUGCAUCGCCAGAUCCGCGCGCCCUCAUGGCCACACAGCGACUGACGGCGACAACUACGCGCGCCACUACCACAACAACGACGACAAAGAAACGUCCGACUACACCUGCGACACCGGAGUUUGCAUCGAAUAUUGAUGAUUUAAAGAAACACAUAUUAUUUUUACAAAAUCUCACAAAACAUGAUAGCAAUUUCCAAUCGAAAUUUGUGGUGUUUCCCAGUCUGCAGAAGGAGCGUCAAAAGGAUACAGUUACAAUAAUAACUACAACUACAGCGCGCCCUUUUCGCUCUAUCUAUCAAUAUUCGGCACCAGUCACGCCACCCACGCGUAAGUCGGUCUUUCCGAUUGGCGCAAAAUUGCCCGGCGGCCAACCCUUCGGAGGUUAUUACCACAACGAUGAUGAGGACGAUGGCGGCAUGUCUGUGUUUCUUUCGCAAGCCGGCAUGAAUGCGCGCGACAAAAUUACUAUUGUGCCACAAGUUUUGCUGCUCAACGAUCAGACAAUAAAAAACGAUACGAGCAGCGGUGCAGGUGGCGUCGAUGCACGACGUCGUAACUUCGAUAAAAUACCGGCGGGCAUGCCACAAACUGUGGCUACUACAACGCCAACCACACCGGAGACUACAACACCCAUGACCAGCACUACACCGCGUCGUCCAACGAAGAAACCCCUAUGUAUACGGAACCCAGACUCGCAGAAAUGCAUACGUCAGCGUAAACGCGAGGAACAACAGCGCCAACGGCAUCGAGAGCAAUUGUUGCGCGAACAACGUGAAUAUCUGCGCCCACACUACGAACCUUAUGUGCAGACGUUGAACAAUACAAAACGCUUUGCGGUUUCCAUUGAAAUACCCGAUUCUUUUAAGAGAUCAUAUAAUGAGAGCGCAGAGACGACGACGACACCAGCGAUACGCGCCGAUGAAGGAGAACUACAAAUACUUUCACGCUCCAUACGCUCGCAUCAUAAGCGUCGUAAUAUCGGUGGCGGCUUACAGGGACGUCGCACGGGUAGUAAUGAUAAAUUUGCUGCCAAAUAUGGUGCGACGUAUUUUGAACGUGAUGCCGUUAUAACUGGCGGUCGUGAUUUCGACGCUUCGAAUGCCGAUCACGUGAGCAUAUCGGCGGGAAAUACAAACACAUCCAAUCCUACAGUGCCGGCAUAUUCCGAGCCAAUUGAUUUGAAUCCGGACAAUUGUUAUCAAGUGGAUGGCAUGACUUAUGGGCAGAAGAAACAGUGCGUACUACAUACGAGCGUUAUGCCGGCGAUAAGUCGUGGCGCGCGCGCCGCUAUACAGGAGUGCCAAUUUCAAUUUAAAAAUCGCCGUUGGAAUUGCAGCACCACGGAGGACAAUACCGUUUUCGGUCCAAUGACGGGUUUGGGUUCACCGGAAAUGGCUUUCAUUCACGCGCUCGCUGCUGCUAUGGUGACCAGUUUUAUCGCUCGUGCGUGUCGCGAUGGUCAGUUGGCGUCGUGUGGUUGUUCGCGUGGCUCACGCCCUAAGCAAUUGCACGAUGAUUGGACUUGGGGCGGUUGUGGUGAUAAUUUGGAAUAUGCCUAUAAAUUUGCCACCGACUUCAUUGAUGUACGCGAAAAGGAGACGCGUCGCGGCACACGCGGUGCCGGCAAUCCGGAGCGCAAACGAGGACGUCUCCAUCAGCGACGGCAACAGCAACUACAACAAAUCCAGCAAGCCGAUGAUGCGUCUGCCGCAGGAGUAGCACUAAUAGCAACUACACUCAGAGCCCCGCAAACACUAACAACAACAACUUCAACGACUACAACAACAGCGAGAACAGCAAUAGCGCAAUUAGAGGGAAUAUCAGCAGGCGCAGACGCAAAUGAAUAUCUCAGCAAUGAGAAGGAUAACAAACAACAGCAGCAACAAACCAAAUCUCAACUGCAGGAAAAUUCCAAUAAAACUGUCAGUGUUGAUGGCAAUUCAAACAACAACAACAACAACAAUAACGUGCAAGCAACAAAUAAUACCAACAUGUCAACAGGAAUACCCAACGCCGACGCUAAGCAAACUACAAACACACAAACAACACAGCAAACACAAAAGUCAUCGCCCAGUCGAAGUAGCAGCAAAAACAAGCAGGCAUCAAAUCGCGACCUCACCACCACCUCCACGUCGUCAGAAGAAGAAGACGCAGCUGGACGCAUCAAACCGGAAGAUUUAUUAGAGUUGCAGGAGCGAAUCACAAAGGAAAUACUCAAUUCGAAAUUGCAGGGCAAGGAAAUGUUGGAAUUGCAGGAAAAAAUCAAUCGUGAAAUUCUAAACUCAAAGGUGUUCAAUAAGGAUGCUGGAGGCGGCGGCGGCGGUGGUGGUAAACGCAAGCGAAGACGUAAAAACCAGCGCGCCAUCAAUGGUAUGCCAAACGAUCAGCAAGCGGAUGCCACAGUUAAUGGCGCUGGCGGCACCGAGGUUGGCGAAGGAGGCAAGUGGAAGAAUAGCAUAUCGGCGAAGGCACGAAGUUUAAUGAAUUUACACAAUAACGAAGCUGGCAGGAGGGCUGUCCUCAAGAAAACGCGCAUCACAUGUAAAUGCCACGGUGUUUCUGGGUCGUGCAGCUUAAUCACCUGCUGGCAGCAGCUUUCAUCAAUUAGAGAAAUUGGUGAUUAUUUACGCGAAAAAUACGAAGAGUCCACUGAGGUGAAACUCAAUAAACGUGGACGCCUACAGGUUAAGGAUGCACAAUUUAAGGUGCCAACGGCGCAUGAUUUAGUCUAUCUUGACGAAAGUCCCGAUUGGUGUCGCAAUAGUCGACAGCUGCAGUGGCCAGGCACUCAUGGUCGCAUCUGCAACAAGACCUCAUCCGGUUUGGAUGGUUGCGGUAUUUUAUGUUGCGGUCGAGGCUACAACACCAAAAAUAUUGUUGUGCGAGAGAGAUGCAAUUGCAAAUUCCACUGGUGUUGCCAGGUCAAAUGUGAUGUCUGUGUGAAAGUGCUCGAGGAACACACCUGUAAAUAAAUAAAUAAGAACACAUAUAUAGAAAUAUAAGUAAAUAAAACGAACAAAGAAAAUACAUAAAGUAGAGAAUAAAAGCAAGAGAAUAAAAUUAUUAAGUAAUUAAUAAAAAUGUUGAAAGUGAAACUACUCAAUAACAACACAUGGCGGUGACAAGAAAGCGAUAAAAAACAAACUCAAGAUAAUAGUAAACAAAGCACAAAAUAAAUGAAUAUAUAAAUAAAAAAUGUGAGAAUUACAGAAAAAUAGACAAAUGAAAAUACCAUUGAAACCGUUGCUGUGUUACUCUACAAAUACCCCUCACUCCUUCUCUCUCUCUCUCUCUCACUCUUUCACCCGCUGAUGAGUGCUUUCGUGCUCGGUCGCUGUAUGGGAAAUGUUUCAUGUUAAUAACAUACACUUACAACUAUAUAUAAAAAAAUACAUAUAUAUAUUUAUUUAAGUGUGUAAAAUACAAUAAAAUGGAGCGACUGACAUGGAAAUGUUAAACGAUUAACUGCAACUAAUAUAUUUCUAAUACAGUUAAGCAAAUAUGCAAAAAAAUAAAAAACACAAUCAA